AUGAAAUUAUAUCCAUCAAUUAUCAAAUUAUUGUCUUGUGGAGAUGACGACAUUCCUUCGAAAGUUUUCAAGAAACAUUUGGUCUACAAGAAGAUCGAUUUGCCAUUGAUUAAUAUGCUUGUCGACGCUUUCUCUGAGUUGUCUCCUGAUGAGAAACAUCAAUUGUUAAUUUUCAUCACUGGAUCUGCAACAAUUUCGCCUUAUUCUACUGAUAAAAUCACUGUUGAAAAGGCGUGGAGUGACAGUGGUGGUUGGAAUGGUUAUUUACCAAGAGCUUCAACUUGUUUCAAAACUUUGUACUUGCCUGAAUACGAUUCUACUGAAAUCAUGAUUGAUAAGCUUAGAAAAGCGAUGUACGAGUGCUUGAUCACUGAUAACUAUAGAUAUUUCGAUGAUUCUAUAUUCGAAAACGACGAAUAA